UCUUUUUUUGUAAAGCAGAAUAUGGUCACCCUACUUUUGCGCGCGUCUCCAGGAAAUAUUACACUGGCGAGGAAUGGGUGAGAGGAAGCCCGAUGACUUAUGUGCCAAGGCAUGCCAGCACCUCAGCAGGCAGGAGUACCAGCUAGCUCUGCAGUGCUGUGAUGAGAUCCUAGCCGGCUUGCCUAGUCCAUCCAGCGCCCCCUGCUGCUCCUCCUCCGCCACUGAUCACAGUGUCCGACUGCAAGUCUUGCUUUACCGUGUCUAUGCACUUGUGCAGCUGAAAAAAUUCACUGAAGCUGAAGAGGAUAGCAGCAGUGUGAUGUGUCUUCAGCGGGAGCUGAGAGGUGACACCCUCAAGGAGCUCCUGGUCUCCAUACUGGCAGACAGCAGCCUCAGGGGGAUGUGCCAGGCGCUGUUCAGCUGUCAGUCUGCAGAGCACAUGAAUGAAGAUAUGAAAUAUUUUGGACAGUUGCUGCUUCUGUUGACAGAAUCACAGGCUUCCUGUACAGCUGCUGGAGGUUCAGUCGAGACUGGAGGGGAAGGCACUCCGGUUGAGCGACAGUGGCGGUUUCGGGAUCCUCCCCGAGGGAUCUUGGGCCUCGAUGAGUAUACCCUGUGUUUCAGGUUCCUGCGGGGUGGGGGCUGCCCCCUGGGGGAGUUCUGCGUCUCUGCGCACUCUCACGCCGAGCUGCAAGAGUGGAGGGAGAGAUUGGUGCGCCGACACUUACGGGAACCACGCGCUGGCGCCACCCCCUCCUACAGCGAGCAGCUGCUCGAGAAGUGGACAGGCAGCCCGUCGCCCCAUGCUGUGGUGGUGCCCUCACUGCCGGGGGUAACUGUCACCUGCGUACCAGACCUGCGGCAGGUCGUCCGGGAGAAGAACAGGUCCCUCUGCUGGAUGCUUCAGCUGCAUUGCGAUCCCCCGCGAGUGCUGCGCUGCGUGGCCCUGCUUGGCGAGCUCCACCGGCCCCUCUUCUCCAUCUCAGAGGUAGCCGCCCUCACUGCCUCCGGCCCCCGGCCUUACCCUCUGGGACCGGAACCGUGGGAGUGGACUGGGCCGGGCUGUGGGGCCGAGCGGAUCUACCAGCUCAAGCUGCGGUUCAGCACCCACGCCUACGGCAACUUCCAGCAGGCCGUGGCGCUGGACUUGGGCUCCGAGCCGGUACUCCUCCAAACUGUCAGGGUGGAGCAGGCACCUCCUGCAGACAUGGAGCUGGAGCCACCAUGCCCCCCACAGAGGGGGUCCUUGAUGCGCUGGGACGUGGGCUGCAAGCAGGUGACGGUGGUGGCCUUCCUGCCCUGUGAUCUGCCCCCCCUGGAUCGGUCCAUUCUGCAGUCAUACCGGAUCCCCGCGGCCGCCGAUCAGCUGUUCACACGCUCCGUGCUGGACUGCAAAGUCACACCGCAGAACUACCACGCACGCCUGCAUGACCUGCUGUACAUCGAGGAGAACGCCCAGUACCGCCUGCUUUGCGGGUUUAACCUCCAAACAUGCCUGCGCUUGAUGACUGAGCCUUCCGCACCCGGACUGCGGGGGGAAUACGGGCCCCUUCUGGCUGGCCAGCUCUUUGCUCUGCUGAGCCUGCGUGAGACCGGGACUGAGCCGGACAGUUCUGUGGGGCGGCUGGUGCGCGAGUCAGUGAGCAGCAUGCUCCUGUCGGCUGAGUCUGUUACAGCGGGCCGGGAGCGCGUGUACGAGGCACGGGUGGAGGCGUGCUCCCCGGAGGACAUGUGCCUGCGGCUGUCUGAGGAGUGCUGCCGUGACCUGAGGCUACAAGCAGGCGCACACCUGCAGGUCCGCCACAGUCACACUUCCCAUCCGGACCCUCCAUUCCGGCUGUCCAUCUUCCUGCCAACUGCCCAGCGCGGAGCUGGGGGAGCCUCUUCGCGGCAGCCGAAGACACAGGGCAGGAGACUCACAGUGGAGCUGCAGUUCCAGCUGAACAGGUUGCCACUGUGUGAGAUGCACUACGCUGUCGACGCACUCCGUGACUGCACCCUGCUCUUCCCACAGCCCCCCUUUCCCGAGUUGCCCCUCCGCCCCGAGAGUGUUGACGGUUGGGACUCCCGGCUCAGCAAGCGGCAGAGGGAUGCCCUCUGGGCAAUCGUGUCGGCUCCCUCUCUGCCGCUGCCCCCCAUCUUACUGUGUGGCCCCCCGGCUUCCGGAAAGACCUUUGUCCUGCUCAAGGCCGUCGUGCUCCUGCUGAAGGAGGAUACCAGUCGGGUGCUGCUGUGCACGCGGUCGGAGGUGGAGGCGGAUUCCCUGGUUGCUGCGCUCGCUCUCGCUCAGGGCUGCCUGCUCAGGCUGUGGGACCGACGUCAGGGUUCGAGGCCGACGAAGACGCCCCCCCAGUGUGCCGGAGCGGAGGCCUCGGCCCCAGGAAUGGAGGAGGUUAGGAAGUCCCGGCUGGUGGUCAGCACAGUCCGUCAGGCCAAGCAGCUCAUCCACCUGGGACUUGACUCUGGCUUCUUCACACACAUCCUGGUGGACGACGCCUCCUCCAUAGUGGAGUGCGAGGCCCUGAUGGCGCUGUCUCUGGCGAGCCACUCCACCCGGGUGGUGCUGGCAGGGGAUCCCCAUCAGCCCCCCCCCUUGACGCACAGCGAGUUUGCCUGUGAGCGUGAUUUGCAGCGCCCCCUGCUGGAGCGGCUGUGUAAGCUGUAUCCCCCUGACUGUGGCUGCAUGGUAUGGCUGAUGGAGCAGUACCGCACUCAGCGGCACAUUGUCGGCCUGGUCUCUGAGGUGUUCUAUGGGGGCCAGCUGAAGGCAGCCAGCAAGCAGCCUGUACAUAAAGACUUCUUCCCCCUGUCUUUCUUUGUGGCCUGGGGGGCGGAAAAAAGCUCUUGCGGUUACUACAAUCAGGCUGAGGUGAUGGAAGUGGCUGAUCAACUGGAGAUCCUAUGUAAGAAGUGGCCGGUGUCCUGGGGAAAGCUGGACGAGAGCAGUGUGGGGGUGUUGACGCCGUACCCGGCUCAGGCCGUGCAGCUGCGCUCUGAGGCGCGUCGACGUGGCUUAAACUGCGUCACCGUGCACACGCUGCUCGCCCCGGCUGCACCGCCCUUCCGCGUGCUGUUCCUCAGCACAGUGAGGACGCGGGCUUCCUGCAGGCAGGGGGCCCCUGGUAGGGGGGUGCCCGGUGGAGCCUGGCCCAGGGGCUCUCUCCUGGAGGCUGAGGAGACAAUGGAGGAUCGGGAGCUGGGCUUUCUCUCAUCCCCGCGGACCCUGCACUUUGCCAUGCUGCGCGCUCAGUCCCUGCUGGCUGUCGUGGGAGACCCUGUGGCCCUCUGCACCGUCGGCAAGUGCAGGAGGAUCUGGGAGCACUUCUUGCGCCGGUGUGCCUCGGAGGGAAGCCUGCAGGGGGCCUUGCUGUCGGAAGUGCUUGAGCGGAUAGAUGCUAUUGAAGCGAGCCGUGCAUGUGUCCUCAACCCCCUGGCCCCAGAGUUUGUUCCUCGCAUGCCCCCUCGAAGGACCCCCGUCCAGUCUCCCUGCACCAUGGACCCCCGUCCAGUCUCCCUGCACCAUGGACCCCCGUCCAGUCUCCCUGCACCAUGGUACGUCCUCAACCCCCUGGCCCCAGAGUUUGUUCCUCUCAUGCCCCCUCGAAGGACCCCCGUCCAGUCUCCCUGCACCAUGGUAUGUCCUCAACCCCCUGGCCCCAGAGUUUGUUCCUCGCAUGCCCCCUCGAAGGACCCCAGUCCAGUCUCCCUGCACCAUGGACCCCCGUCCAGUCUCCCUGCACCAUGGUACGUCCUCAACCCCCUGGCCCCAGAGUUUGGUCCUUGCGUGCCCCCUCGAAGGACCCCCGUCCAGUCUCCCUGCACCAUGGUACGUCCUCAACCCCCUGGCCCCAGAGUUUGUUCCUUGCGUGCCCCCUCGAAGGACCCCCGUCCAGUCUCCCUGCACCAUGGACCCCCGUCCAGUCUCCCUGCACCAUGGUACGUCCUCAACCCCCUGGCCCCAGAGUUUGUUCCUUGCGUGCCCCCUCAAAGGACCCCCGUCCAGUCUCCCUGCACCAUGGUACGUCCUCAACCCCCUGGCCCCAGAGUUUGUUCCUUGCGUGCCCCCUCAAAGGACCCCCGUCCAGUCUCCCUGCACCAUGGACCCCCGUCCAGUCUCCCUGCACCAUGGUACGUCCUCAACCCCCUGGCCCCAGAGUUUGUUCCUUGCGUGCCCCCUAGAAGGACCCCCGUCCAGUCUCCCUGCACCAUGGUACGUCCUCAACCCCCUGGCCCCAGAGUUUGUUCCUUGCGUGCCCCCUCGAAGGACCCCCAUCCAGUCUCCCUGCACCAUGGACCCCCGUCCAGUCUCCCUGCACCAUGGUACGUCCUCAACCCCCUGGCCCCAGAGUUUGUUCCUUGCGUGCCCCCUCAAAGGACCCCCGUCCAGUCUCCCUGCACCAUGAGUUUGUUCCUUGCGUUCCCCUUCGAAGGACCCCCGUCCAGUCUCCCUGCACCAUGGUACGUCCUCAACCCCCUGGCCCCAGAGUUUGUUCCUUGCGUUCCCCAUCGAAGGACCCCCGUCCAGUCUCCCUGCACCAUGAUACGGAUCCGCUUCAGCGGCCAGAGCACUCACAAACAUGGCCUGCCCCCCCCAUGGGAAUUGCAGCGCAUGGUGAAGCGCCCCCCCCGCUGGCACCCGAAGCUGCCCUCCCCCUCUCCCAGGGGUCGCUACGGCUCCAUGGCUCCCCCUGCUGGUCCCCCCUACCUCCUGCCACUGACCUCUGGCCGCCAUUGUACCUACGGCAGGAGUCUGGGUGCGACAGGGCACCUAGACUCCCUGAAAAGGAGCAUCCCCUACAGCAGCGGCCUGCCGCCACCUUUCCCUUUGUCGGUGUCUCGUCCCGUCGACCCACGAGCCCUUGCUGGCCAGGCGGUCAUCGCAUACAACCUCGGCCUCUUGAGGAGCCCCAGAGCUCCCCCUGCUGCUCUCCCCCAGUUCCUGCACUCCUCCCCCAUGCUGUGCAGAAACUCCGUGGAUGAUGUUCCCAAUUGUGCCAGGGCGGGAUGCAGUGACUGGCACACAGCUCUGGGGGCACUGCAGCUGUGGGGAGAAGCAGAGAACUGCAAGCAGGCCCGCACAGACAGCACCUUCAAUCCUCGCUGGAGCUGCCCCCCAUCGCCUCCUCAUGUCUGCCGAAGCUCCACCCCCAAGUCCUAUGGGUCUCAGCCCCCAUUUAGCCCGGAGAACUCCCCCAUAUCCUUCAACCACUCCCGCUUCGGGCUUGCCGGGAGGAGUCUGUCUGUCGGGCCGUGGCACUCGCUCUGUUCUUCGCCCUCGGCGUGGGACGUUGGCCAUGCGAACGUGAGGGACAGUGUGAGGGGCCCCCAAGGGGGCACGCUAAAGUACCCCCAGAGGUCUGAUGGCCUGGGCAGUGAGCUCCAUUCUCCGCCUUUUCAUGACAUGCAUGCCUCCCUUGACGGGCAGUGGGGCGCCCCCCCGGUCCCAUCACACAGCAAGCCCAUUAGCCCCCUGACCCAGAGCAAUCUGGGUAGCCUGGCUGCUCUGGAGAGCUUGGAGAACCCGGCACCAUGGGGCGACAUUAGGGGCUCUGGAGCACACAACAAUGUUUUCUCCUGGAAGAACCUGCUUCAGCAACCCACACAUCCUCCACAGAACCCUAUGGUGCCACCCAGCAUAAACACAAAAGCCUCCCUCCACCCCUACCGCAUGGGACCCUGUCCUUCCCUUUCUCUAUCUCCCUGCUGCCCCCUGCUGGAAGCAGACAUCAUAUCCUCACAGUUCGACCUGGCUUGCACUUUCCAGAAUGUUCCUCCAGAGCAGCAGUCCUGGACCCCUGCAGACCCCUACUCCAGCAUUAGGCCCCAGCACCCUGGGCACAUGCAGGAAGGUGGACGCAGGCUUUACCAGCGCUGUUCCACCCGCCUUCACCCCCCAGGGGGGUCCCACCAGUCUCAGAGCAGCCUUCACUCUGCUUCUGAGGACAGCAUCUCACUGAGUCUCUGCUCAGCUUGGGAGGAGAGGAUGGGGGAGAGAGCAGCUGUGUCCUCCCCAGACCUAGGAGAUGUGUGUUCCCAGGAGGUACCUCUGCAGAUGGCCUCCAAGACGACCGGCGUCCCCAACGCCCUGGGGGAGGGUGACAAAGGUGACAGCGCCUACCACUCCAACGUCCAAUGAGCUUGGCGGGCGCUGCUCUGAGCUGGUGGGGAGGGGGGGUUAUUUUCUACACUGCCCCCAUAUGUUUGACGUAAAUGCACUUGUUUUUUUU